AUGUCUCUUGCGGACCAAAUGAAAACUUGGUUUGAGUUGGAGUCAUAUGGAGCCUUCAAGCAGGUAGAUGCCCGUUCCGCCGCCGACAAACGCGCUUUGUCCGUUUUGAAAAAUGACACAUUUCACGAUGGUGAGAGGUACAUUGUACCAAUGCUUUGGAACGAUAAAGAAAGUACUUUACCGAAUAACUAUUUUUCCUCCCUUGCUCAAUUAAAGUCUUUGGAAAAGAGGCUAGCUAAGGAUCCGUCGCUCCGUAAAAAAUACGCCGAAACAAUUAGAGAAGAUGUACAAAAAGGAUAUGUCAUAACCGUUAAGGCACAAGAUCCCAAAUCACGAGCCAAUCGUGAGUGGUAUCUCCCGCAUCACCCGGUGUUGAACCCGAAUAAACACGGUAAGGUGCGCCGAGUCGUCAAUGGGGCAUCGAAGUGUCAUGGCGCUUCCUUGAACAAAUCUCUGUGUCGACUACUUUGGGCCGUUCCUAGUUCCAAUCCGGAGAAGUUCGGAAAAGAGAUGGGUUUUUUGUUCACAUGUCUCACCACUAGAGCGGUGCAUAUUGAAGUGGUCCCCUCGCUCGACACAAGCUCUUCUGCGAUGGGCGUAGAGAGGUUUAUUGCACGUCCCGGUACUCCGACUACCAUCAAGUCCGACAACGGCUCGAUCUUUGUUGGCGCUCAGAAAGAGCUCUUAGCUUGCGUUGAGAGUUGGAACCAGCUCGCACCCGCUGUUUUUGUUCAGAAGGGAUCAAGUGGAAAUUCAAUCCACCCAGCGCACCGCACCAUGGUGACUCCUGGGAGCGAUUAG